AAAAGAAGAAGAAGAAGAUAUAUUUGAUUAAUGUCAAGUCAAAACAUUUCAACAGGAAUUAAAAAAAAUGAGAAUUAGAAAAAAAUUACGUUGAAAUACAGGUCCCGUAAUUUUUAAAGCAUUAGUUAUAUAAUAGAAACCUACACCCUACACCUUGAGAUUAUUACCUACCAUACAAUGGAAAGAAAAGAGGACAAUAAAGAUACCGUACACAAUACAGUAACAAAUAUCAAGUUUGAGAGUAUUUUUGUCAAUCCUGAUUUCAUAAAAAACGAACCUGCUCCAGUUUAUCAAGAUACUCAUAGUAAAGACUAUGGACAUGGAGGUUCUGAUAUUAAUUUGGAUCAAAUUAAAACAGAAUUAUCAGUUGAAGAUAUGGCAUUUGAACAGAAAGGGGAUGAUAUAGCAGGAUUCCAGUAUUUUAAUAGUUAUGUUGAUAAUAUAAAAGUAGAAUAUAUUGCUAAAGGAAAUCAAAGCAGUGAACAUGAUAGCUUCAAAAAUGAAGUUAAAGAGGAGCCUGAUAGAGAAAGUACACAUUAUACAUUUGAUGACUCAAACUUAAAUAAAUACUCGUUAAAAAUUGAAAUAGAAGAAAAUGAAAUUAAACUCAAGCCACAUGAAGAAAAAGAAAUGAAUGAAAAAGACUUUCCCCAAGACGACACACUGGAAAUUAUAAAAACAGUAGAAGUACAUUCAUCUAAUAAAGGACAACAUACUAGUCAUACUGCAAAAGAAGAAACAUUCAAAUGUGAAAUUUGUGAUAAGCAGUUUGGAAGAAAACAUGAUUUAAAUCUACACAUGAGAAUUCAUUCUAGGGAAAAACCUUAUAAGUGCGACAUUUGUUUUAAGCGAUUUUCUCGUGUAGAUAAUUUGAAAAUUCAUUCGAGAAUACACACUGGAGAAAACCCUUACAAGUGUGAAAUUUGUUUUAAACAGUUAAGUCAAGCUGCUACUUUGAAAAAACAUUUACUAGUGCACACUAGAGAAAAGCCUCACAAGUGUGAAAUUUGUUUUAAGCAGUUUAACCAAACUAGUAAUUUGAAAAUUCAUUUGAGAGUGCACACUGGAGAAAUGCCUUACAAGUGUGAAAUUUGUUUUAAGCAGUUUAGCCUAGCAGGUAAUUUGAAAACACAUUUGAAUAUGCACACUAGAGAAAAUACUUACAAGUGUGAAAUUUGUUUUAAGCAGUUUAGUCAAGCAAAUAGUUUGAAAUUUCAUUUGAGAGUGCACACUGGAGAAAUGCCCCACGAGUGUCAAAUUUGUUUAAAGAGGUUUAUUAAAAUAAGGGGCUUGAAAAGACAUUUGAGAACACAUACAGGAGAAAAGCCUUACAAGUGUGAAAUUUGUUUCAAACAGUAUAGUCAAAAAUUCAAGGUGAAAGAACAUAUGAGAACACAUACUGGAGAAAAGCCUUUCAAGUGUGAAGUUUGUUUAAAACAAUUUCGUCAAAGCAGUACUUUAAAAACGCAUUUGAGUAUACACACUAGAAAAUCCGCAAAAGUGUGAAACUUGUUUUAAGCAAAAGAAUAAGAAACAAAGUAAGUUAUCAAUCGAAGUAGCACAGAAAACGACAAUAAAUGUCGUCUCCAUACCACCAGAUUGACAACAGGUGGAAUACUUUUUUUGGUUACACCUCCCGAGAUUUUCAAAAUUUAUAAAUCAUGCAGGAUACCGAGGAAAUUAAGAUGAGAGAAUUUUUAAUAAUUCACAACUCAUCUGCUCAGCGUGGUAAAAGCUCCAACAAUAAAGAUUCCUUAAUACUCAAACAAAAGAGUAAAUGAAUUAAAAUUGUAUAAACAUUCUCAAUUUCUUUGCAACACGAAAAUGCAGCAGCUGCAUAAUACUAUGGUCAAAUCUGAGAGUGCAGAAAGAGUUUAUACCGGUUUCGGGGGUUGUUUUCCCCUCAUCAGUAGUCCCAUAUCCUCUUCUCUCAGAUUCUUCCACGUACCA